AUGAAAGCCGUUACCUAUCAAGCACCUUUUGAUUAUAAGGUCAAAGAUGUCCCCAAACCUAUUGUUGAGAAUGCUGAUGAAGCUAUCCUCAAGGUGAAAUACUCAGGAAUUUGUGGUACAGAUUUACAUUCUUAUAGAGGACAUUUGAACUUACCUAAAGAUCAAGUCAUUGGCCAUGAAUUCGUGGGAACAAUAGUCGAAAAGGGAGAUAACGUGAAUUUCGAAAUAGGAGAUAAUGUAGUUAGUACUUUCACUAUUCAAUGUGGUGAAUGUGAAUAUUGUAAAGUUGGGUUCAGUAGUCAAUGUGAUGUUACCAAUACUUUUGGUAAAGUUGGAUUACCUGGAGGACAAGCUGAGUAUGUCAAAGUCCCCUAUGCUAACAAUGGAUUGAUCAAAUGUGAAGACGAUCCUAUUUAUGUGAUGAUGGCAGACAUCUUCAUCACAGGAUAUUUCGGUGUUAAGAAGAUAUUAAACCAUUUGGGUCAUAAUGUGAAGAAAGAUCUUAAACCAAGAGAGGUUCAUGGGUUGAAAGUGUUGCAAUUGGGGUUAGGGCCAGUUGGAAUCUGUGCUUUGACUAUUCUCAAACAUUAUGGGUUUGACGUUACUGCUGUAGAUAAUGUUCCUUCAAGAUUAGACACCGCUUCAAAAUUAGGAGCCCAUACCUUGAAUUUCCAAACUGAUGAUAUUCCAAAAGACUCAUUUGAUUUUGUGUUGGAAGCUGUAGGUAAUUCCAAAGCUUUGGAAACAGGAUUCCAUGCCAUUAAACGUGAAGGACUUUUAGUUGUUCUCGGUAUGAGUCAUGAACCUUUACCAUUCGAUGGUUUACAAUGCUAUUUGAAGAAUAUAAACUUAUCCUUUGGUAGAUGUCAUGCUCAAUCAUUAUUCCCCGAAUCCUUGGAAUUAUUCGAGACUUUGAAGGACAAGUUUAGCUCUUUCAUUGAUUGUUUGAUCCCCAUUGAAGAGGUAGAGAAAGGGUAUGAACUUUUCGACCACCAUAAGGUCAACAAGGUUAUCAUUGAUUUUACAAAGUAA